UGUUGUUCACACAUAAUAAUUUUUUGCCGGGUAUGGAGUCUUGUUUCAAGAUGGCUGCCCACAGAUGCUAAAAAAGCUGGUUUUGUCAAUUUUUACGUAAAAACUCGUUAACAAAAAGAUGCAAAUGAAGGCCAUAGAGUACUUUAUAGAUAGGGCAGAGUAUGUGCUUCAGGCAGCCAGACAGAGACCCCCGAAAAGAAGACAUCCAUCUGGUCCUUCUAAAUGGAAAUCAUUGAACCACAAGUUGAAUGACCUCUUUGUAGAUGAAAGUGAAAAGGAACCAGAAAAUAAGAAGUUAAGAAGCAGUGUUCACCUCUUAGACAAGCUGGUGACCAAGGAGAAGUUGACGUGCUUGGUGGUGAACCUGUACCCCGGCAACAAGGGCUACUCCCUGAUGCUGAAAGGCAAGAAUGGUAUAGACUCAGAAACAAUCAAGCUGCCAUAUGAAGAGUCUGACUUGCUGGACUAUCUAGACACAGAAGAGCUACCUCCAAUCCUAGUGGACUUGUUAGAGAGAUCACAGGCGAAUGUGUUCUAUAACGGCUGUGUGAUAGCUGAAGUACGGGACUUCAGAAGAACGGCAAACAGUAAAACCUACGAGAGCCACCACGUUCUUCUCAGACCAACCGCACAGACCCUGGUGUGUGAUGUAAAUGCAAUCACUAAUGAUGGCGAGCACAGAUGGACACAGGACGACAAACAUGAGUUGGAGAAGCAGCUGGUCCUGGCCACCGCCGAGCCGCUCUGUCUGGACCCGUCUCCCGUAGUGGCCGUCGUCAGCAACAGGAUCCAACAUCACAGGCUCAAGUUCUCCACCAAACCUCUCAAGAGAUGUGCCAAAAGAUUCAGCCAGACGUCAGCGAACCGGCGGCGAGAGAUGACGUCCAUGCCGGCACCCCCCCACCUGUUCCUCCAUGACUUCCUACAGAAGAGGAAGGAGAAGAAGGCCCACCCACCCGUGGAUUUAAAAGUAGGGAAAGCUUGUGUGGACAUGUGGAAACAGCGAUCACUCAACCUAAGUGCACCGUCCCAUGUUGAGGUGGAGAAUUAUGCGUCUGCGCUGGAGAGACCCAAAUCAACGAGCGACAACACUCCGAUCACAGUAGAAGAAGUUGUACUGGAGGCAGAGAGGAGCAACAACAAGAUCCUGCACAGCCGUGUGACAAUUCAGCAGCGACCCACAGACAACUUCUACCAGGGUGAGCUGUACGUGGACAGGGACCACCAACCAGGGGACAGCAAGAGGGAACAUGGCACAUCCUGCAAGUUUCCGCUCGGGAGCAAAGUCAACGCACAGAGGUACAUCCAACAAUACAAGGACCUGUUCACAGAGGAGGGACGUCGAUCGGUGAAGAUAGCCCACAUCAUCCCUGGCCAGCCGCCCCAGAUCACCCACACACAGACCCCCAACCCCAACACCCCCACGCAGAUAGUCUUUCCCGGAGGGGGACAGGGUUUACUCACUCCGACGGGAUCUACCAUCUCUCCUGGAGGGGGGACGCAGUACAACCGCCCCUUACAGAAGGGGAGCAGGUCUUUAGGGAACAAGCCCAAGAGUUUUCCGGGAGGUUCUCACUCCAGCGGCAGCGGCGGCAGCAAGUCCAAACGCCCCCCUCCCAUCAAACUGUCCCUGUCCCUCAACAACACGGGAAGCCUGUCAUCCAACCUGAUGAGUCCACCUGGAGACCAGGGAGACACAGGCACACCUACUUCAUCUGCAGGACUAGGUGCAUCACAUCCCUCCCCCACCAUCUCCAUGGGCGCCCCCAUGCUGACCCCCACCAUGGCCAUGUCUCGUACCCUCGGCAGGCAGAUCCCCGUCUACCCCAUGCCCGGCCACUCCGUUGUCAGCCCUACAGAUGGAGUAGGCACGCCACCUCUGGCCAGUUCAGGAGCUGGUUUUCCCCACGGGACCAUGAAGACCCCGAAGACCCCCCCACCUCUGCGGCCGGGGAGUGCCCCGGGGGCCCCCAGCGGGCAGCACUCGCUCCCCAACAUCCUCAGCAGACGGCAGUCUGUACCUGAGAUCACACAGGCUGGGGCACAAGGUUCAGUUAGUAUGACCAGCUCCAAGGUCCCCACACCGAGUGGCACCCCAACUGGCACCCCCACAGGGACACCCAAGCCUGGAGACGCCCCUCCCACACCCUCCACUGUCCCCACACCAACCUCGGAGACUCUGCCUAUAAACAUCAUUGGAACCAUGGGCCAGGCAGGAGGGAUAGUGCCCACUAUCUCUACCACUACCUCCGGCGGCCUGGUGUCCAUGCGGAUCCCCAUGUGUGUUACCAUGGUGAGUGGCACGCCCACUGCCGUGGUCACCACGCCUUCAGGGGUCAUCACCACACCCAUCAACCUGAGUGGGGCGGGGCCGGGCAUCAUGACAGGAGCCAUCAACAUCAUUGGUGGCACCCCGAUAGGAGGCAGUAUCUCCUCCUCCAUGCAGGGCACAGCUGCCAGUAGUCAGCAGGUGACUGCAGCACCCAUCAACAUCAGUGCAGGUAUGGCAGCAGCACAGGGCAUCAACCCAGCCCUGGCCCCCCAGUUCCUGGCCACAGGUCUGAAGAACACACAGGGUCUCCGCCCAGGGACCGCUCCUCUAUCACUCCUACAGGUGCAGGGGCAACAGCCGCAGCUGAUUCCCUUCAACCCGCAGGCGCUGCAGGGCCGCCCGCUGAACCAGGCCACUCUGCAGCAGCUGCAGGCGGCGCAGGGCCAGGCGGCGCAGCCGCAGCAGAUCCAGCUCAACGCGCAGCAGCUGCAGCAAAUCCAGCAGUUCCAGCAGCAGGCCCUGCAGCAGUCGCAGCAGCAGUCCUCCCCGCAGCAGGGCGCCGCAGGGGCAGACCAGCCGCAGCAGAACCAGCAGAUUCAGCAGAGCUUGCUGCAGCAGUUCCAGCAUCAGCAGCUGCAGCAGGCUCUCCUACUGCAGCAACAGGGCAUUCAAGGUCAAAUGCAGCAGCUGCCCCAAGGUCAGCAGCAGCUGGCGCCCAUGGGUUACCAGAAGCCACCGUCGUCCCUCACUGUACAGCAGCAGCUGCAGCAGAGCAUUCAGCAGAGGCAGACGUCGAAGAGCAAGAGUCGCAAACGCACCACCCCAACACCUCCCAAACAGUCUUAAGCUCAACCAAAUAGUACUAGGCACUACCAGGCAGUUCUAGGCACUACCGAACC